AUGUCCGAAAAUAGCCGAAUCUUAGAAUGGUUAGAAAAGAUCUCCGAUGAUCUAAAUGAAGUUCGAACAUCUAGAGAAUCCACGCCCAUUGUCCAACCCUUACAAGAAUAUUUUGUCCCUCACAGUGAAAAUGUUGUUAACGUGUUGAAAAAAACUGUGAAUGGACAACUUGUUUUAAGUUUUCACGAAAAAAAUGGACAUUUAGACACCAAAAAUCAGAAAGUUUUAACCCAUUGCAUUGUGGACCAAUAUGUGAGGGAUAAUGUCAAGAUGACUUAUUCUGAUAUGAGGCAAUGGGCUGCAGCCAUCUGCGAAGUCUUUCCUAAAGAAAAAUCGGUUGUUAUUAUAUAUUUUUGCGAAAAAAAGUGUUGGCUUCAGCACAACUGUAGUCCAUGGGAGACAGUAAGAACUUUUUGGAAAGAGACAUCGGCGUAUAGAAUAUCAAACCUUAAAAGUGAUGACAGCCUGAGCACCUUUUUUGAUGAAUGGCCACGCUUAACUGAUUUCAAUGGCUAUGAAUUAGUAAGACUCCAUAUUUCAGUUUAUUAUGUUUUCUGCAUGUAUUUAUAUUAAUAUCAUUAAUCUUUGUUUUUCUCAACAGAUCGAUAUUGAUUUCGAAACAUUAUAUCCCGGAACUGGAAA